ACCUCUUCUUCUUCUCUCCUCUCCCUACCACUAAAAUCUUAUCUUCUUUUUGACUUCUUCUUUCUCUCUCCUUCUCUAAACCUGUCGAUCCAAACUUCCGAUCUGGUGGUACUUGACGAUGGCCAAAGCACCGGCCAUGGGAUUAUCGAAACCCGCCAGAAUGAGGCCGCGCGAUGUCGAUGGGAGACGCGCGGAUGUUGGGGUCGUCGAGGAGGGCGGCCGGGGUUUGGAUGGCGGAGGGCGAAGGUAACGGUAGUCGGCAGAGUUGGGAUUCGGAUGGCGGAGGGCUGGGAUUUUUUUUUUUUUAGGAACAGAGGGCUG